AUGGAUAUGCAGGAUGGAGCAGAGCUCUGCUUUCCACAACUCUUCAACAUCUCCUGCAAGAAACCCACAACUCCUCUGUCUCAAGUUUUGCUCCUUUAUAUUGUUGUGUCCUCAAUGUCUCUGCUAACUGUGACUCUCAACCUGCUCGUCAUCAUUGCAGUCUCCCACUUCAGGCAGCUCCACACACCCACUAACAUCCUGCUCCUCUCUCUGGCUGUCACUGACUUUCUUGUUGGUCUUCUGUUUAUGCCUGGAGAAAUCCUGCGAAAUACAGCUUGUUGGUUUCUUGGUCAGCUCACAUGCUCUCUGUAUAAUUAUUUAUCCUACAUCAUUGCCGCUGCCUCAGUGGGUAACAUGGUGCUGAUAUCAGUCGACCGUUAUGUGGCUAUUUGUGACCCUUUGCAUUACCCCACCAGAAUCACUGACAAAAGAGUGAAACUCUGUGUCUGUCUGUGUUGGCUCUGCUCUGUUUUCUACAGCUAUGUGAUUUUAAUAGAUGAUCUAAGUCAACCAGGCAAGCAUAAUUCUUGCUUUGGAAAAUGUAUAAUUUUCAUUGAAUUUAUUGCAGGAUUUGUUGACCUUGUUUUAUCAUUUAUUAUUCCACUUACUGUCAUUGUAUUUCUGUAUAUGAGAGUAUUUGUGGUGGCUGUGUCUCAGGCCCGUGCCAUGCGCUCUCAUGUUACAGCUGUCACACUGCAGCUCUCAGUGACUCUAACAGCAACUAAAUCAGAGCUAAAAGCAGCCAGGACUCUGGGUGUUCUUGUUCUUGUGUUUCUAAUAUGUUUCUGCCCAUAUUUCAUUGUUUCACUUUUAGGAAAUGAGUUGCUCAAUAGCUCAUCUGCAUCCAUUGUGAUAUAUCUGUAUUAUUUUAACUCCUGUCUAAAUCCUUUGAUUUAUGCUAUGUUCUACCCCUGGUUUAGAAAAGCUGUGAAACUAAUUGUGACUCUACAGAUACUGCAGCCUGGCUCCUGUGAGGUCAGCAUACUGUAG